AUGCAAAUGUUCCUUGCUGCCGUUCUCUUUGCCGCCACCGGCCUGGCCAUGCCCGCGGGCUCCUUCCAAUGCCCCGGCGGCCUCACAAACAGCAGCCCCCAGUGCUGCGCCACCAAUGUCCUACAGCUCCUCUCGCUGAACUGCAAGUCUCCCAGCGCCAGCGGAUGCCCAGGUGGCCUCAAGCCCACCUGCUGCACUCUCGUACUUGCCGAGCAGGGAGUUCUCUGCAACCCGAUGUAA